AUGCAAGAGACGGUGAAGGAUUUCUGGAGAAUGAUUUGGCAAGAAAACUCGGCGAGUGUUGUCAUGGUCACCAACCUGGUGGAAGUGGGCAGGGUGAAGUGUGUUCGAUACUGGCCAGAUGACACCGAAGUCUAUGGAGACAUUAAAGUCACAUUAAUCGAGACAGAGCCACUGGCAGAGUAUGUCAUACGAACAUUCACCGUCCAAAAGAAAGGCUACCAUGAGAUCCGGGAGAUUCGGCAGUUCCACUUCACCAGCUGGCCMGACCACGGCGUGCCCUGCUACGCCACGGGGCUCCUGGGCUUUGUCCGCCAGGUGAAGUUCCUCAACCCCCCGGAGGCAGGACCCAUCGUGGUGCACUGCAGCGCUGGGGCUGGCAGGACAGGGUGCUUCAUCGCCAUUGACAUCAUGCUCGACAUGGCUGAGAACGAAGGCGUGGUGGACAUCUUCAACUGCGUGCGAGAGCUGCGCUCCCAGAGGGUCAACCUGGUGCAGACAGAGGAGCAGUAUGUGUUUGUCCACGAUGCCAUUUUGGAGGCGUGCCUCUGUGGCAACACGGCCAUUCCAGUUUGUGAGUUCAGAUCCAUAUACUACAAYAUCAGCAGACUGGAUCCACAGACCAAUUCCAGCCAGAUAAAAGAUGAGUUUCAGACCCUGAACAUCGUGACACCGCGGGUGCGGCCGGAGGAUUGCAGCAUCGGGCUCCUGCCACGCAACCACGACAAGAACCGCUGCAUGGACGUGCUGCCCCUGGACCGYUGCCUGCCCUUCCUCAUCUCUGUGGAUGGCGAAUCCAGCAACUACAUCAACGCUGCCCUCAUGGAUAGCCACAAGCAACCUGCUGCCUUCAUUGUCACCCAGCACCCUCUGCCCAACACGGUGGCRGAUUUCUGGAGGCUGGUGUUCGACUACAACUGCUCCUCGGUGGUGAUGCUCAACGAGAUGGACGCAGCACAGCUCUGCAUGCAGUACUGGCCGGAGAAGACGUCCUGUUGUUACGGUCCAAUCCAAGUGGAGUUUGUGUCAGCAGACAUCGAUGAAGAUAUCAUCAACCGGAUAUUCCGGAUUUGCAACAUGGCCAGGCCCCAGGACAGCNNNCGCAUUGUGCAGCACCUGCAGUACAUCGGCUGGCCGGCCUACAGGGACACGCCGCCCUCCAAACGCUCCCUGCUCAAGGUGGUCCGGCGGCUGGAGAAGUGGCAGGAGCAGUACGACGGCCGGGACGGGCGCACCGUGGUGCACUGCCUGAAUGGUGGAGGACGCAGCGGCACCUUCUGCGCCAUCUGCAGCGUGUGCGAAAUGAUCCAGCAGCAAAACAUCAUCGACGUGUUCCACAUYGUGAAAACGCUGCGGAAUAACAAAUCCAACAUGGUGGAGUCRCUGGAACAGUAUAAAUUUGUAUAYGAGGUUGCACUGGAAUACUUGAGUUCCUUUUAG